AUAUAAUUGCAGAUAUGUCAAUGCCAGUUUAAAUGAGGCCUUAAUAUGAAAAAAAAAAUUCUCUUCCAAUUUUGCAGAUUUCUUCUCAUUCCCUGAUGUGGUGACAACUUUCUAAUUAGAACAGGUAGGGAGGGGAAUUUCUCCAAUAGGGUCAUACAGUGAAAUAAAAACAGACACAUUUUUUUGGCUAAAGAUACAACGUGUAUAUGUUAAACCAGGAAAAAUCCAAGCAGUUGACUACCACUAUUUACUGCAUGGUUUGUGUUCCUCCCGAAUGACCAUAAUCGCUCUGCAUACUCCCAUAGUUUGUGGCACUUGUUUGCAUGUCUUUGUCACAAUAAAACUUUCAUAUUGUACCCAGCAGAAUGUCUUCCAAAAAUGAAACACCGGUGAAAGAAUUUAUUCUCCUCGGGCUUUCCAGUGAACCAGGGACACAAACUAUACUUUUUGUUGCUUUCUUUGUAAUAUACAUCAUUAUUUUGGUUGGUAAUAUCCUCAUCAUCACUGUAACCACCACAGAUAGAUGUCUUCAGACUCCUAUGUAUUUUUUUCUUACUAACCUUUCCUUCAUGGACAUCUGUGUCUCUACAACAAGUGUCCCGAGAAUGUUAAAAGAUUUACUGGCAGAGAAGAAGACCAUUUCUUAUGCUGAGUGUGUAGCACAAAUGUACAUAUCUCUUUCAUUGGGUGAAUGUGAGUGCAUUCUGCUUGCAGUCAUGGCUUACGAUCGUUACAUAGCUAUAUGUUAUCCACUGCAUUACACUACAGUUAUAAACAGAUUGGUUUGUAUUAGAAUUGCUUUGGGAACUUGGAUAUGUGGCUUUCUUUUAUCAGUGUGUCAUGUUAUUCUAACCCUGAAUAUUAAUCUCUGUGGACAGAAUGAAAUCAAUCAUUUUCUGUGUGAAGUUCCAGAAGUCUUAUCACUGGGGUGUGAGGACAUUGUGAUCGUUGAGUAUGUGAUUUUUAUUGUAGGGGUGCUGAUACUUAUUAUACCUGUCACUUUUAUAUGUUUGUCUUAUAUAAGAAUUAUACUAAACAUCUUAAAGAUAACUUCUGUGGCAGGACAGAAGAAAGCUUUUUCCACGUGUGGCUCACACAUGAUAGUGGUAACAAUGUUUUAUGGUUCAGCAAUGGCUGUGUAUAUGAAAUCAAGGUCAACAUCUUCCGCAGACAUGGACAAAAUGAUUACAGUCUUUUAUUUUAUAAUCACUCCAAUGUUAAAUCCGCUGAUCUAUACACUUAGGAACAAGGAAGUGAAGUCAGCUUUAAGGAAGUUUGGGAAUAAUAAUUUAUUUUCUGCAGAAUUCUAA